GUUAGCCAUUUCUGGUUAGCAACGCUGGAGAAUAGCCUAGUAAUCAUCGUCAACUUUAGCGAGCUACCAUGGCACAGGCAGCACAGCCAAAUGCCUUCGAUGCAAAUAACUCUCAAAUCCAAGUGGAGCACGAUAAAAAGCGUCGACAAUUUGUUAUAAGACUGAAUGGAUCACAUGAUCGUGCAGUUCUUCUGUAUGAAUAUGUUGGAAAAAAGACGGUGGACUUGCAACACACUGAAGUUCCAGAUGCUUACAGAGGGAGAGGAAUUGCAAAGCACCUGGCCAAGGCAGCCAUGGAUUUUGUGGUAGAAGAGGAUCUGAAAGCCCACUUGACCUGCUGGUACAUUCAGAAAUACGUCAAAGAGAAUCCUCAACCUCAGUACUUUGAACAUAUUUAUCAAUGACCACACAUGGCUCCAACAGAGAGGAGGAGAGAGAGAGACUCCCAGGAGAUAAAUACUGUGUGGCAGCAGCAGCAUGCUUUGGAGUCACAGGCUGAUAUACAAUAAAGGACCUUCCAGGCAUUGUUACACAUGACACGGAGUGAAUCCAGAGACAACUAAUCUCAUGGCUAAGACGACCGUGAGCUGAACUGACAGGUCAGUUAUGUCCAUAACACAGGGAUGCACGCUCUGGUGGUCACGCUGGUCAUGACUUGUAUACAUGAGCUAACCAACGAACCAAAACUGAAGCCUGUUACCUCAGACAGAAACCUCCAAGUUGUAUACCCAUCACUGACUGUAAGCAAGCAUUAGGUAUGUACUGAGAACAUGUGUGAGUCGAAUCCUAUGUUGCAAAUUUUUUGUCCUCUUUUGGACUCGGGUUGUGAACAGCACUACAAGAUAACCAACCAGCUGUCUUUCUCUGUGAUGGUUUGUAUGGAAGCAAUGGUGACAACUUUUAUAUUUCACCCCCUUUUGAUAUUCUUUGAGUUGGUUAUUUUUUUCAAUUUACUUUCCACUCUUAGAAAUUGUGUUUCAAAAUGUUAGUAUACUAGGCUUUGAAUGCUACAUGCAUCUUUGAAACAUCAAACUAAUUACAUGUUUUUUCCAGAUAAUUGCAAAGAGGUAUAGGCAUAAAUGGGUAAUGGAUAGAUUUUAAAAAUAUAUAAUCUGUAUUUUGAAGACAUUUACUUCCCCAAAUUCUCAAUUUGGUACCACUGUUACUCUGUCCACUUCUUCCCAGUAACAGAAACUUACUGUCCAUUGAUAAGUCAGAGGUGCAGGGAUUUGUAAACCAAAGAACACAAACUGAGUAACUCAGUGAGUAAUGUCUAACUCUGGCGGCACUGCAAUUUUCUCCAUUGUACGUGUUAAUUGUUACAAACACAUGAUAAAUUGGGUGUGAAGCUUGUCACUGUGCGGCACACUUCAGCGUGGAUAUGGAUAAAUAUUUCUGCUGAAACCAGCCUUUUAAAAACAGCACUGCUAUAUUCAGGGCAUUUUACUUUCUAUGGUGUGAAACCGUCCUUUGAUCUGUCCUUCAGGAAAAUGACGCUGGAUGGCUGAAGCUUAGUUUUUUCUUGUCAUUUGAUUCCCUUUUUCUACUCUUACCCACAAGACUUCUUUAGCUAGCUGAUGUCAACAUGGUAAAGGUCAACAUUGGAGAAACAUUUUACUUUACUUUGGCUCUUCAGGAGCUUUUGCUGAUGACAAUCGAAAGUGUUGAGGAGAAAAAUACCUCAGGUUCCUCUAUACACAAUGGCAGGACAGACCAACAUGCAAGGCAGACUAUCUGCUCUAAGAAUCACUGACAGGAAAUUGCAGGAAACCUCUUUCCCUUUGUUAAACUUUCCUUAGGUGGCUUACACCUAUUGAUAAGCCAAGGUAGUCAAGGUAUUAUUUCAUUUUUUGUGUUUUUGUUUAUAUUUGUGUGUUUUAUGGAGAGGAAAUAAAUGCCUGAUUUAACAUGGGAGCAGGUGGUUCUACCAAAUGCGUGAAAAUGUACCAAUACUUGUUAUAUUGUUUUUGUGCUUGAGACUUUUAUUUUCAUUCUUAUUGUCGGUAAAUAAAUAAAUCCAUU